GAAAAGCAGCAGGCCACCAAAGCCACACACAAAAGCGCCCUGGCCACCAGCAGAAUUAAGAAGCCUCACUGCUACAGGCCUAGCACAGUGGCUUUCCGAAAGAUACAUCACUACCAGAGAUCCACCAAGCUGCUAAUACGAAAGCUGCCUUUCCAGUGA